CGGAAAGGGAAAGCGGGGAGGAAUUGGGGGUUGAUUUCGAAGUGCUUUAUUUCGUCAUGCUAUGAUUUUGAUUUGGUGUUUUGGUUCGUUAAUCUUUUGCCUGUGUAAACUGUGGAAUUGCAGCUAGGUAGCAAGUGAUGAUGCAUCAUGGUUGGACAGAGAGAUAGAGAGAGAGAGAGAGUUGUCAACUUGUUGUCAUUAAAUGAUUUUAAUGAUGUGCAAGUUGUCUCUGCAAGCAAGAAUUGAAAAAAGAGACGCACGGCUGGAUAUUUGUGGGAUUAGCUGCUGCAAGUUGCGCAAGAAUCUUGACGGUGAUCUCAAAAAGGAAAAGGAUCCGCUCACAAGAAAGAAUGUUUAGGUAGA